AUGAGAAAGUGGUACUUUACUAUUUGUCGACGUCGGCCGUUCUCUGCUCGAUACUAUCAAGUAUUUGGACGAGAACCUCAAUAUCCAUGUUGGUUAGUAUUGUUACAUUUCAUAGUUGGUAGUUUUAAAUGCAUAAUAUAUUAUGGUCUAAUUCUUCUACUUAUCAAAUGGUAUUUAUGGCCAAGUAUAGCACCGGGUCUAGCAAAAUAUUCAAUUGUUCAAACAACUCUUAAUCGUUCAUCAUCUCUUGUUGAUCGUCUAAGAGCAAAUAGAAAACUACCAUUAGAAUGA